AUGUCCAUUGCUACCAUAUCAACCAAUAAAUUACCGUUCGCUAUCCAGACUAUUCUGGGCAAUGAUGAUAAACAGGGCAAAAUUUCCGAAUGGGAGCAACCAGUUUGCGAAAGAAACGAUUCAGUAAAGGCACAAAAAACGAAUCAGCGAAACAGCCCUACGGUACCACAACGUAUCGGACAUUCUUGCCAGAGUCUACCAAGACACAAGAAACCGCGUACGUCUUUUACCAAAAAACAGUUAUCUUUUAUAAUGCUGUCUUUUCGAUUCAUGCGCAAAACAUCACCCUACGGGACAGAAAUGACAGUAAGUGAACAAUAUCAAUGCAAAAUAAUGCAUUCUCAGAAACUGGUAAAAGAUUUGCUUGUCAUUUUCUAA